CCAAGGUGCUUGCGGAGCUCGGCGCUGGCCGCGCGGUGGAAGGGAGGGGGCGACGCGGUGGGACUUACCCCUCGGCGCUGGGCACGAUGAAGGUGGGCAAGACCAGUGCCAUCGCGGCGGGCCUUUGCGGGGCCCUUUUCAUUGGCUACUGCAUCUACUUCGACCGCAAAAGACGGAGCGACCCGAAUUUCAAGAACCGACUGCGGGAGCGAAGGAAGAAACAGAAACUUGCCAAAGAGAGAGCAGGGCUUUCCAAGUUGCCUGAUCUGAAAGAUGCUGAAGCAGUUCAGAAAUUUUUCCUUGAGGAGAUUCAGCUGGGCGAGGAACUACUAGCUCAAGGUGAAUAUGAGAAAGGUGUCGAUCACUUGACCAAUGCCAUUGCUGUGUGUGGACAGCCACAGCAGCUACUACAAGUUCUACAGCAGACUCUUCCACCACCAGUGUUUCAAAUGCUUCUUACUAAGCUCCCUACAAUAAGCCAGAGAAUUGUAAGUGCACAGUGCUUGGCUGAAGAUGAUGUUGAAUGAGGUCACACCACAACGGGGGGAAAAAAGGUUUUAUUACCCCAGAAGAUGAGCAUCAGUAGGGGGAUAAAGGGGCAAACAUGUUAGUUAAUGGACUGUAUACUACAUCGGGUUCUACCAGAGUUAAAAUUAACUUUGUGUAGGUGGGUUUCACAGGAUUUUAUUUAUUAUCCCAGUGGAAAGUGUAUUUUGAUAAGGAUUCAUUUUAUAAAUACACUGUGUUGAGUUAUGAAAGUAUCACUAACUUCGUUAUUACUAAAAUAUGCAGUUGUAAUGUUGUACAUAUAAAGACAUUAAACUACAACCUAUUAGAAUCCCAAUGCCCAUUUUUGGGAAAAAAAAAAAAAAAACGCCAAACAAACAAAGAAAAAAAAAAACAAACCCCAAAACCCGCAACAAAACUAUGGCAAUAAAGAUUUAUCUGCACUUGUGUGUCCCUAUAGUACUACUUUAAAUUUCAGAACAUUUGAGUGUCAGAGCAAAUGAUCUUAAUGUGACUUAACAUUAAAAUUUAUUUUUAAUGUUAUUGCUGGUUUUGCAAUGCUUUUAAUUAUGUUUAAACACUUGUGUCAUUUCCUGAGAAAGCAGACAUGAUCAUUUAAACAAUAACCAGUCACUUUAUAAAGAGAUGCAAAUUAGAAUGGUAAUAGAUGACUGGCUGCAGAAAGAAUGACAAAUCCAUUUCUGUCAAGAACAAUAAAAUCUAACAUUUUACAAGUCAAAACUGUAUCUGGCAAACAUGAAAGCUCUGUUAAUGCAAGUGUGUUAAAUAAAGCUGUUUGGAAUAGAACCUGGGACAGAUCAUAAGAGCAUAAGACUCUUUUUGGAAAGCUUGGAACCUUUU